AUGAAACGGUUUCUCUCGUGGAUUCGUCGCAGGUCCGAACAUGAACCUGUACAAGAUGAUGUCUUGUCAACGGGAGCUUUGGACCCUCUGAGAAGCUCCAAGGUCGCUGAGGAGAUCCAGAAGAAUGAAGACCUUUUCUCUCUCCCGAUUCCAGGCGCAUUCCCGCCAUCGCCAUCAGUAUCCCCGCGUCUUGCGCCACGCGAUGAGCAAUUACAGGAGGAGUUUGUGCCUGUGGACACCGCGCAGGAAAUUGAAGUCGAUGUCUCGACUGCCCCACAACUUCAUACGGAUCUUGGGUCAUAUUUACACCCCAGGAGACCGAAAUACACACCUUCCCCGCAGCGCUUCCGACCCCCUGAAACCGCUACUUCAAAGCCAAUCCGGAGACCGCGCUUCCAAGAUGAUCUGGCCAUCGAUGACCCGUACAGCCAACAAUACAGAGCAUUUGAGAAACUGCCCUUUGGUAGGCCGGUAUCUGCCGUAUCGCUCUUCUACCCCAAACAAAAACCCCUCCCGGAUAAUCGCGUCGCGUCCAUACUUGCGCCCGAAUGGGAACGGCGGGAAAAAGAGAGGAGGGCCUUGGAGGGCUUGGCAGGUCGUCCCGCCCGAGUUAUUCCACGUGGACCAGCUGUGCGGCCAUUGUCGAGGGACUGGAUGAUGAAAGUUUCAGAGGCUAUGCGAACGCUUCAGGGAUAUGCAGUUGCCAGGUCUCCCUCGGGCGAUGACUUGUAUCAAAGGGACAUCGCUACGUGUAUCAAGCCACUGGCAUGGCUCAACGAUGAAAUCAUCAACGCAUAUCUAACCGUCCUCGUUCAAUACCUCCGACAGUCGACUGGCAACACUGCCCCGAAUGAGCGCCCCAAAUUCCACGCUUUCAAUACCUUCUUCUACUCCACUCUUCGAGACAAAGGAUAUCAAGGUGUUCGUCGCUGGGCCAACCGCGCAAAGAUUGGCGGUGAGGCUCUGUUAGAUGUUGACACUGUGUUUAUUCCUGUGCAUCAGGCAAGUCACUGGACUCUUAUGGUUGUACGACCAAUGGACCGGACGAUCGAAUACUUUGACUCACUGGGCGCUCGUGGCGCGCGGGAGGUAGAGGUUAUGAAAAAGUGGCUUCGUGGAGAACUGGGAGACAAGUUUGACGAGGAAGAAUGGACUUUCUUACCUUCCGUCUCCUCUCAACAGGACAACAUGAGCGACUGUGGCGUGUUCCUUCUCAUCAAUGCCAAAGCUAUCGCCCUCGGCAUUGAACCUACAGCAUUCGGAGCACGUGAUACGGUUGACUUGCGAAUGAAAAUCGUCGCAGAACUCAUGAAUGGCGGGUUACAUGGUCAUUUCUGUCCAGUGGACAAAAUGGGCCAAACCUUGCUCUAA